GCGACGGGUUCUCUCUCGCUCGGUGUGCUCUCGGCCAUGGCGGGCUGCGCGGAGGCGGCGCGGCUGAGCGCGGAGAUCGGCCAGCGGGAGCAGGAGCUGCGCGGCUUACGCGAGCGGCUGGCCGCCGUCCUGGCGGAGGGUGCUGCGGGCGACGGUGGGGUCGCCGAGGCUACCGAGGCCGAGUGUGCCGCCGCCUUUCCCGGCGAGCUCCCCCCUCUGCCCGCCCGGGCCUCUCUGAACGCCGCCGACAUCCUGCGGUACAGCCGGCAGCUGGUGCUGCCGGAGCUGGGCGUGCGGGGGCAGCUGCUCCUGGCCCGCUCCUCCGUGCUCGUGGUGGGCUGCGGCGGCCUGGGCUGCCCGCUGGCCCAGUACCUGGCAGCCGCCGGUGUCGGCCGCCUGGGUCUGGUGGAUCACGACGUGGUGGAGACGAGCAACCUGCACCGGCAGGUGCUGCACGGGGAGGCCCGCCGAGGGCUCCCCAAGGCGCUCUCUGCCGCGGCGGCCCUGCGGCUGCUGAACUCCACGGUGCAGUACGUGCCCUACUGCGGCGCCCUGAGCCCUCGCACUGCCCUAGAGCUGGUGCGGCAGUACGACGUCGUCGCCGACUGCUCCGACAACGUCCCCACCAGGUACUUGGUGAACGACGCCUGCGUCCUGGCGGGGAAGCCCCUGGUGUCUGGCAGUGCCCUGCGGCUGGAGGGGCAGCUCAUCGUGUACAACUACCAGGGAGGGCCCUGCUACAGGUGUCUCUUCCCCAAGCCCCCUCCACCGGAGACGGUGACUAACUGUGCAGAUGGGGGUGUGCUGGGUGUCGUGCCAGGCAUCGUGGGGUGCAUCCAGGCCUUGGAAGUGCUGAAGAUUGCUUCGGGAAUGGGUUCCUCCUUCAGUCAGUUCAUGCUGAUGUUUGAUGCCCGUGAGGGGAGAUUUCGCAACAUCAAGUUAAGACCAAAGAAACCGGACUGUGCUGUUUGUGGUGACAAUCCGUCUGUCACCUGUCUUCAGGAUUAUGAGGCGUUUUGCGGUUCUUCUGCAACAGACAAGUGUAGGACUUUACAUCUGCUGUCCAGUAAAGACAGGGUGUCUGUAGAGGAAUACAAAAAACUGUUGGAUGAGCAAGUUCCUCAUGUGUUGUUAGACGUCCGUCCGCAGGUAGAAGUGGAUAUCUGUCGCCUGGUACAUGCUGUCCACGUUCCUUUGAGUAAAUUAGAAGAGAAAGAUGAAGAAUAUCUGGAAUAUUUAGAAAAAAGAAUUUGUGAAGAAAAGCAGAGAACUAAUGGCCAAACAUCUUUUCCUGUAUAUGUUAUAUGCAAAUUAGGAAAUGACUCCCAGAAGGCUGUAAGAAUUCUGCAGGAGUUACCUGUCAGACAAUUUGGCUCUGUGGUAGCUAAGGAUAUUAAAGGGGGGCUCAUGGCUUGGGCCAGUAAAGUUGACCCAACAUUUCCUCUGUAUUAGAAGUUUACAUGGUGGAAAAAAAAGUACAAAUUUUCAUAGUUAAUUCCAUAGGGUUUAAUCUUCUCUGUGUAAUGACUAUAUCAUGUGGAUAAAACAGGACAUAGAAAUACCAUGUUGCUUUUUUUAAAUGGUAAUUUUUUUCAAAAAAAUCAUGUAUUUUUGUAGAUGUCUGAUUAUUUUUUUUUAAAAUGUGAAACUGUCCAUGGAAAUGGAAAGAAAUUUGUUACUUGGUUAUUGUUUAAUAGUGAAAAUGUGGAAUAACUACUUAAUUGUGCAUGUGACAAUUCAGCAUGACUCUUAGUUAGUCAUUAUAGCCUGGAGAAUGACAAAGCACAGCAGUCAAGUGUUGAAAGUUUUUACUUGUUCUCCUAACUGCCUAACAAAUUGAAACAGUGCAUGCAGUGAUUAAAAACACCCAGCUAACUGUUAAUCUCUAGCUGGUCAGUAGCACUAUUAAGCCUAUCAAUGCUGACAGGACUGUUUUGGUCAACACCUUUUAGUUCUCUGUGGAAGCAUGAGAAGUGCUCAUUGCAAAUAACAGCAUCUGCAGCAAGGGUGUUCUGUUAAGAACUGCCAGGGCCAUCCAUCCUCAGUUGUUGGCUGGCUGGCAAAAAAGUGUAUUCCCUGACUUGUACAGAGAAACCGAGGUUAAACGUUAAUAAGACAUAAGAGUGAGCCCACAAAGUUUGUAAAACAUACAGAAAAUGCUUUUGUGAGGGCUUAGAAGAGUUCAGAGCUUGAGACAUGAGAAGGUGAGAGAGAAAAAAAUUAGAUAUGGGGCCUCCCUUCUGCAAGUACAAAGACAUAUUUCAUAAGUUUUCUCCCUGUUUGUUGUGGUAGUUGCAUGUCCCUAGUUGUACUGCAUUAUUUUGUUAGCUGGCAUGAAGAGCUACACAUAUCUAAAAAGUUCUCGUAGAUGAACUCAAUGAAAAGAAAGAGAAAUAAAUAGCUUCUCAACAGA